GUCGUUCGGAACGGUCGGAAAUCUGAAAAAUAAAGAAAAAAAAUUAAAUAAAAAGAAAGAAAGAAGAGCUCAUCUCAUCGUUGUCAUCAGUCACACCGAUUAUUAACAUCUAUUCUAGUGGACAUGAAAAGUAAUUAAUAGUAAAUGAGGAAAAUUGUGAACAUGAAACCAUGUUAAAAUGAUAAAAAAUUAAAUUUACAAAGUGUAACUUGUAACAUUGUGUUUAACUCAAAAAAAAAAACUAUAAUUACCUGAACAAAAGACUCUCUCUUGCACAAUAAGCUUUAACAAAGGCAUGUGCGUGAUCUAAAAAAAACGAGCUUUGUGAAUAGCAUCACUCAAAUUUGCAUGAAAAUGACAGACAAAUCGUCAAACGAUAAACGACCUUUGUCGCAGUACGAUAACUUGGCAUCCGUAUCAGUGAUAGGCACAAAUCCACCAGUCGUCGCCACUUCGACCGCAAGUAACGAAAGUAAUCGCACGCAGGACGAACUCAUGUUCAAGGACAUCAAAUUCCAGUUUGACGAUAUAAAUCCGGCGAAAAGUGAGGCGCCCACGUCAUUCAAUAAAUCCGUUAUUAGCGAUGCCAAAUCGAUAUUUUUCGGUUUGCACAAGCCAAACAGCAAUGGCGCACCAAAGGACGAAAAUCUGCCGUUAAUGGGCGAGCAGGAAAGUCAAACGCCGAAAGUAACAACGCCUGUGGCAAGUAAACUGCAACAAGAUGCGAAGAAGGAAACUCCGGUGUCUAGUCUGAAUGGAAGUAAUAGUAGUAAUAAUGGGAGUAGUAAGAAGCAGAUAACGUUGUUGGUUGAUGAUACAAAUGACACGAGUCUCAGUCAGAGUUAUUUGAAUGAAAGUAGCUCGCCAUCACAGGCAGUUUACAUGAGCACUACAGUACCUCAAAAUAUCAGCAAGACAAAUAUCGGUGGUCGUCAUAAGCCAACACGAAGUAGUUUGCGUCACAGUCGAAUGUUAGUGCUCAAGAACAUGGAAGGUAGUAAUCGAAAUAUUUAUGCAUUGGAUAUUGAUUGCCGACUACUUGCAAGAAUAUGCUAUACGGCAUUGUUGGUGUCGGGACUACUUAUUGGCACAAUUUGUCUUGGCAUUCUUUUAUGGGCACCUAAUACUUCAGCUAAGGAUAAUUGUUUUUGGAGCGGCAUUGUUCUUUUCAUUUGUGGCAUUGUCGUGAUGGGGGUCACGGAGUUCAAAGCCCAAACCCAAGCAAAUUGCAUCAAAGAAAACUACUUUACCUUCCUCAAAAUCAACUGCGCCGUCCUUUUGAUCAUCACCAUUUUCUGUUCGUCCCUUGCUUUCAUCUACGGUGCAAUUCACUUUACAACGCUAAAUUCCAACGAAAAAGAAUGCCUUCCGGAAAAUCUUUUGAUCGCAAGCUCCAGUUGCAUUUGUCUCUUCGGGGAUCGACGGAACAUGACGCAGGACUUUAACACAAUGAUCUCGAACAACAACGGAAGUAACGGAGAAAUACGAAAUGUCUCGUUUAACGAAACAAGUGCCGGCUUUGAGAUACAUUAUCGGGACUUGAGUUGUCAUGAAGUUGCUGGAAUUUGGUAUUAUGUUAUUUUAGUUUUGUUGAUAUUAAAUGGGCUUGGAUUCCUGGCAGCGAUUGUGUUUACGGUGAUCUUUGCUAUCUCUUAUAGAAAUCGAACGAGGCGAUAUACGUCAGUGAGAUUGAAUCAGACUUAAGUUUAAAUGUUUUAAGAAUCACCCGAGUAUUAAAUGUAUAUUUUUCGUUAAUUUUAAGAAUGUUUAAAAAAAUUGUGCUAAAAACCCUUGAUUUAAAUGUUAUUUAAUUAA